GCCGACGGCAGUACAACAGGAGAGACAAAACCUGGCAGACAUUCUACUCAACACAAUGUGUGCCGUCAUCUGGAACAGCACCAUGGGGGAACUUCAUUCCCGAUCUACACAGCAGCUACAGAACGAUCUCACCCAUAACGUGAAGACGCUGGCAGCAGCCGUUAAGGUCGCGGACUCCCAGCUGAAACAGAUGGACGCCCGCAUUGCUGCUCUGGAGGCAAGGCCUUCCCAAGCAGCGCCAGGCUGCACGACAGACACGACGAAGCAGCUCAACGGGCGCAUCGACCAUGUCGUCAAUCUCAUCGGCGACCCCGGUGCUUUCAUUGGUCCGGACACGAUCAGCAGCACGGUGGCCGCCAUCAAGACGGACAUCACCAAGCUGCAGACAAGGCCGGACGCCGCUACUAAAAACUACAAGAUGCCGCACUUCAACAUCAGCAAGUUCGACGACUACAACAAGACAGACGCCUUGACAUGGUGGCAAGGUUUCCUCACGGAAGCAUCUUGCCGCACUGUCUCGGCUGAAGACAUGUUGAAGGCGCUCUACCUACAACUGAUUGGAGGAGCACAUGCAUGGAUGAACCAUUUGGCGGCAACCAAGCAAUGCACCAUCGCAGAACUCCACACGCACAUUACGUGGAAGGAGUUCGAGCAACUAUGGUUCACUCGGUUCAUGGUCCGCAACGGCGGCUUGGCCCGCGCGUUCGAAGRAAGACGCAACCUACGCAAGUUACACUCGCGGACGACCGCACGCAAAAGUCAAUUGACCGACGGCGUUCCGGUAUACUUUGCGCCACUUGGGUGCGAGCCGGUGUCUUUUGACAUCCUCAACACCAAGUUCGACAUGAUUCUAGGCAUGUCUUGGUUGCGUAGCGCCGAUCAUCCGGUGAACUUCCACGACCGGACCGUUCACAUCCGUGAUCGGAACGGAGUGUUAGUCCCAUGUACGGUCGCGACCCCUCACACUUCGAUUGCUUGUCACGUGGUYUCCGUUGCGAGAAUUCGCGACGCCAUWGCUCGRAAUGACGUCGAGGAGAUGGGCCUUGUAUUCUUGCAUGCUCUCCCCUCGCCGGACGGACCAGCCGCAUCACCGCCGGACCCACACAUUUCUCACCUCUUGGACGAGUAUAGAGACGUCUUCGCGGCUCCCACCGGAACGGUUCCGGAUCGGCCCAUACGUCACGGGAUCAUUCUCGAGGCUGGCGCUGUCCCUCCGCGUGGAUGUAUUUACCGCAUGAGCGAAGAGGAACUCGAGGUGCUUCGCGCACAACUCGAUGACCUUCUCGACAAGGGAUGGAUUCGCCUUAGCUGUUCGCCUUACGGUGCCCCUGUUCUCUUCGUCCGGAAGAAGAACAAAGAUCUACGGUUAUGCAUCGAUUAUCGCAAACUUAACGCACAAACCGUAAAGAACGUCGGCCCUCUCCCUCGGAUUGAUGAUCUCCUUGAGCGGUCAGGCGGCGCCACGUACUUCUCGAAGUUGGACUUGAAGUCAGGUUACCACCAGAUCGAAAUCCAGCCUCAAGAUCGGUACAAAACCGCGUUCAAGACGCGGUACGGGCACUUUGAGUGGGUUGUCAUGCCAUUUGGCCUCACCAAUGCCCCCGCGACGUUCCAAGCAGCGAUGACGACUGAGUUUCGUGACUUGCUCGAUCGCAGCGUCCUUAUCUACCUUGAUGACAUCUUGGUUUAUAGUAGGACGUUGGACGAGCACAUCGUACACCUUCGCGUUUUUUGGGAUUGUUUGCGACUGGCCAAGUGCAAAGCGAAUCUCGACAAGUGCGAGUUCGCCAAGCAGGAGCUUGAGUACUUGGGUCACUAUGUUACGCCGAAAGGCAUUCGUCCCUUAGUGGACAAGAACCAAACCAUCGUGGAUUGGCCGGAACCCCGUUGCACGACGGAUGUACGCUCUUUCAUGGGUUUGGCUGGAUAUUAUCAGCGAUUUGUCGAGUCAUACUCGAAAGUGGCCGCUCCUUUGUCGAGACUUCAGUCCCCGAAGGUGCCCUUCGAGUUCGACGACGCAGCCCGUGGCGCGUUCACUACGUUGAAGGCAGCGAUGCAAGCCGCGCCUGCCCUCCGUAUAUACGACCCCACCCUUCCCACCCAAGUGACUACGAACGCUUCGGGAUACGACAUUGGUGCGGUGUUGGAACAGUGUCACGAGGACGGUUGGCAUCCGGUCGAGUACUUCUCCCAAAAGGUGCCUCUCGUCAACACUCUCGACGAUGCUAGGAAGAAAGAGUUACUCGCGUUCGUCACCGUUCUCAAACGGUGGCGCCACUUUCUUCUCGGUCGUCGGCGUUUUAAAUGGAAUACGGACAACAAUCCGUCGACCUUUUAUAAAACGCAGGAUACGGUCACUAGUACGAUCGGUCGAUGGAUGUAUUACAUCGACCAAUUCGACUUUGACCCAUGCCACAUUCCAGGUCCCGCCAAUCGAGCUGCGGACACCCUCUCACGACGGCCCGACUUUUGCGCCAUUGUGACCACGGCGUUCGACCUCGAUGACGAUCUGCAGCCGCGUUUCGUCAAAGGCUACAAGUCCGAUCCGACUUACUYKACGCUUUACGCAGAGCUUUCAUCGGAUCACCCGCCGGCUAGCCAUUAUCGGAUYUCCGACGGGUUCCUUCUCCUUCACACGAGAGGAAAGGACUUGUUAGUUGUGCCCAAAGAUCGCAUCUUACGGACUCGUCUUCUCGGCGAAUUCCACGAUGCACGACUUUCGGCACACCUUGGCGUGAACCGCACAUUAGCACGCCUCCGCUAGCGUUUUCACUGGCCAGACGUCCUUCACGACGUCACGAGGUACAUUGAGUHAUGUGCAGUUUGCCACCGUAACAAGGGUCGAUCUCGAGUCCCCUUUGGCGAACUGAAACCAUUGCCGAUUCCUCGGGCACCCCGCCUCUCCAUUGCUAUGGACGUGACAGGCCCGUUCCCUCGCGAUCGCCUCGGCCAUGACGGUAUUCUCACGGUCRUUGACCGUUUGAGCAAGUAUGCUCGCUUUCUUCCGUGUAAGUAUCAUGCUGCAGCGCCUGAGCUCGCACGACUCUUGCACACCGGUUGGAUUACCAACCARGGUGUUCCGGAAGACAUAGUGAGCGACCGAGAUACUCGCUUCAUGUCGGCCUUUUGGACUUCCCUUAUGGCAAGAGUCUGGCACGACAAUGAAGCCGAGCUCGGCUC